AUGCAGUGAAGUCUAUAAGUAAUUGGAAAGUGACUUAGUGUGUGUGGUUAUGGCUCUGUGUAACACUGCACUAGAUGUGAAUGGAUUCAUGUAUGACAUCACUGAUUUUAUUACCUCUGGUAAAUUGUAGUAAAUGUCCUGUGCAGGUUUUUACUGCCCUGUGGGCUCAUCUUUGCCUCAGCUCUGUAAUGCAGGCUCUCACUGUAAUCAGACUGGCCUUCAUGCACCUGUUGGUUUUUGCCCUGAUGGUUUCUACUGCCCUAAAGGCUCCUCGGAUCCUUAUGCUACACCCUGUCCUCCUGGACAUUACUGUCCCAGAGGCACGGUCUUACCCCUGCCCUGCCUGCCAGGCACAUUGAGAAGCUCUGCUGGAGCAGUGAGCAUAGAGGACUGUUUGUUCUGCCCAUCUGGAUAUUUUUGUGACCAGAAAGGUCUAACAGAGCCCAGUGGCCUGUGCUCUGAGGGAUAUUACUGUCCUGUAGGGCAGAACUCAUCUCAGCCUCCAGAGCAUAAAUGUAGAGCAGGUCACUACUGCGAAGAGGGAAGUAUGAGUGGCAGAGCAUGCCCUUUGGGCAGCUACCAGCCCAGGAAAGGACAACAGAGAUGCGAGAUGUGCCCUGCUGGUUUCUCCUGCCCUCAUGAAGGUAUGACACACACAGUCCCAUGCAAGCCGGGGUUUUAUUGUCCAGCAUGGUCUGCUAUUGACAAGCCAUGUCCAGCGGGGACUUAUGGAAACCAGUCUGGGUUAACUGAACUAUCCGAGUGCACUUUGUGUGAUCCAGGCUCAUACUGUGCAGGAGCAGGUAACGUUUCACCCACUGGUCUGUGUAUGGCCGGCUUCUUGUGUGUUGGAGGAGCUUCUCUGCCAUCUCCUGUAGACAAUGUGACAGGAAUGCAAUGUCCACCUGGAUUCUACUGUCUCACUGGGAGCUUUACUGCAACACCCUGCCCCAAAGGCACUUUCAGAAGUUUAAAGUUAAAGAUUUUGAAUGGACAAAGACUGGCCAAACAAUUUGACAGAGAAUACAGAUAA